AUGGAUAAGAUCCCCAAGUUUCGCCGGAAGCCCAAACCUCCGGUCAUCGAGACCUCCAUCGAUCGCAGGGCCAGCAUCGCCACCGACAAUGUGAGCGCCACCGAGUCGCCAAGAACCCAUCACAAGAUGUCCGCGUUCAAGAGUCUGCGACUGCGUGGCCCGUCGAAGCGCGCGAGGGACAGCCCUCCAUCCGAACUCACUCCCACAACCCCGUCAGCUGUAGUGGUGGCGCAAGAUGGCAUCCAGUCGCCGCCACGGCUCGCCCGCCCAGCGUCUCAGCCAGCGCAGCACAAAUCGCCGCCCGUGCAGGAUCGCCGCAGGAGCGUCAACCAGCUGCCACCCGCUUUGCCGGUAUUUUUGUCGCUAUCGCAGCAAGAUAUCGAUAUCAAGUUUCAGGAACUAACCUGGGCCGAGCGAGUUCGGGUCUCGCAAGGCAUGCGAGACGACAGCCUAGGGGAUUCGCGAUGGACGCUUUACAGACACAUAGAAACGCACGAAAAGAUGGACCGAUAUGUUAACAUCAAGCCCUGGGCGUACAACCGUGUCAAGCUUCGUGUCCCAGAAGGCGAGGUCGAUUACGUCAAUGCCUCUGCCAUUACUCUUACGUCUCCGUCGGACCCGAGCAAACCACCGCUGCGUUACAUCGCCAUGCAGGGACCUACCAUUUCCUCCAUCGACUAUGUUUGGCGCAUGAUUGCAGAGCAGAUGCCCUCUCAUGCAGUUAUCGUUCAGCUGACGAAUAUGGUCGAGCUUGACGUAGUCAAGUGCGACCAGUAUUUUCCUACGGGCGAAGAAAUGCUCACCGGUGGACGAGAUACCGUCUGGGCCAUCAACGAUUACAAUGCAUGGGGCGACAACUGGAGAGCAGAACUUACCUUUGUGUCUGUAGAGCAGCUUGCCAGGGGCGCCAUUGAGAGGCGCAAGUUGCUCUUUCACGUCCAUGGUGAAAAAGAACCACGCGUCGUCUGGCACUUCCUUUACAAGCGCUGGCCUGAUUUUGGCGUUCCGACUGCCGAGGAUUUGGAUGGCUUUCUAGAACUGAUGAAGCUGUCCCGCCAACACAGCACACCGUCCACACCUCGCAUCAUCCACUGCAGCGCCGGAGUUGGCCGUACAGGUACUUUCAUCUGCCUCGAGCAUUUGAUGAGGGAGCUCGAUUCUGGUGUUCUGGCAAGAUAUGAUCUGCCCUCAGAGCGUUCCGAUCUUGUCUAUAACGCGGUUGAUACCCUUCGCCAGCAGCGCCGCGGCAUGGUCCAAGGCGAACUCCAAUAUCGCUUUAUCUACCAAGUUAUGCGGAAGCUCUGGCAAGAAAAAUACGGCGUUGUAGACGAAGAAACCGGCAGCCGUGAACCAGCAGCUAAGAGACUCGAGGUUGCGAGCCCCUUUGUAGGCAACGGUCGGCCUGGGACAAACUAG